ACCCCACAUACACGAUGCAAUGCAGUGUUCCUGUGUUGGUUUUGUAUAUAAGGUUUGCUAUGCAAUUCCAAAACUAAAACAGGAGGAGAGACGGCCCUGCAUCCCAGAGCAAACAGGGAAUCAGAGGUGAAAGGAGAAACUAUGACUUGGAACGACACCACUAUGGACGGGGAAGGGUUGCUGGUGGAAAGGGACUCCUCUUCCUUUCGGAUCCUCACGGGCUGCUUCCUCUCGCUCCUGAUCCUCUCCACGCUGCUGGGGAACACGCUGGUCUGCGCAGCUGUCAUUAGGUUUCGCCACCUCAGGUCCAAGGUGACCAACUUCUUUGUCAUCUCCUUGGCUGUGUCAGAUCUCUUAGUGGCAGUUCUGGUCAUGCCUUGGAAAGCUGUGGCCGAGAUCGCUGGUUUCUGGCCUUUUGGUUCAUUUUGCAACAUUUGGGUGGCCUUUGAUAUUAUGUGCUCAACAGCCUCCAUCUUAAACCUCUGUGUCAUUAGUGUGGACAGAUACUGGGCCAUCUCCAGCCCAUUUAGGUAUGAGAGGAAGAUGACCCCCAAGGCAGCCUUCAUCAUGAUCAGCGUGGCGUGGACUUUGUCCGUGUUGAUCUCCUUCAUCCCAGUGCAGCUGAACUGGCACAAGGCUACAACCACGAGCUUUUUGGACUUCAAUGCCAGCUUGCAAGGUGUAAGCACGGACAACUGUGAUUCUAGCCUAAACAGGAUGUAUGCCAUCUCCUCUUCUUUAAUUAGCUUCUACAUCCCCGUGGCCAUCAUGAUAGUGACCUACACCAGGAUAUACCGGAUUGCCCAGAAGCAAAUCCGGCGCAUCUCGGCUCUGGAGAGAGCAGCAGUGCACGCCAAGAACUGCCAGGGGGGCAACAGGAGCAGCAUGGACUGCCAGCAGCCAGAGAGCAACUUCAAAAUGUCCUUCAAGAGGGAAACAAAGGUGUUAAAGACACUCUCGGUGAUCAUGGGGGUGUUUGUGUGCUGCUGGUUGCCAUUUUUUGUGUUGAACUGCAUGAUCCCCUUCUGCGAGCCCACCCAGUCGUCCAUGGGAGCAGAGGCUUUCUGCAUUAAUUCCACCACCUUCGAUGUUUUUAUAUGGUUUGGAUGGGCGAAUUCUUCCCUCAACCCCAUCAUUUAUGCCUUCAACGCUGAUUUCCGCAAGGCAUUCUCCACCCUGCUGGGCUGCUACAGGCUCUGCCCCUUGUCUGGCAAUGCCAUCGAGACUGUCAGCAUUAACAACAACGGGGCAGUGGUGUUUUCCAGCCAACACGAGCCCAAAGGGUCCAGCCCCAAAGAGUCUAAUCUGGUUUAUCUGAUUCCACACUCAAUCAUCUGCCCGGAAGAAGAACCUCUUAAAAAGGAAGACGAGGGUGAACUGUCAAAGACCUUGGAGAAAAUGUCUCCAGCACUGUCGGGUAUCUUGGAUUAUGAAGCUGAUGUUUCUUUGGAAAAGAUCAAUCCCAUCACACAGAAUGGGCAGCAUAAAACCUGAACAGUAAGGUUUACUCAGCAAGACCUAAUGGUGUAUAUUGUAAUAAUCUUUUUGGGAAAAAAAAGAUAUACGAGAUUUUUUUGGUAAGACCUAAGCUCUAAGGGAGAAAAAUGCACGUUUACACCAAGCCCAGAAUUAAUUUGCCUGGCAUUCAGAGCAAAUUUAACUAUUCCAACAAUAAACAGAAAAAGAUACUGGAAAUUGGUUAUAAAAAAGGAUAUUAAACUGCACUGUUCAUACUGAGGAAAAUCUACAAUUUUAGAUACAGUGCAGUUACAAAGAAAAUGUUGCUUCUUCUCUGUACAGAGAAACCAACUUCUAGCUAAAAGUGAGGCAGAAGAUAAAUGUUGAGUAUUUAAAGAUUAAUGUUUACUAGAAGUUAAAAGAUUGCUGUGUCUUGUGAUAGUGGGUGUUAACAGGUCCUAAUUAAAGACUGAGGGAUUGUAAAGGUAGGUAGAUGCCUUCUUAAAAUUAUUUCUGACAAAUAAUUGAGCCUUAUAAUGAGAAUGGUUAUUUUUAAAGCUUUGGGAGGUAAUAUGUUGAUACUGGUUUUAUUUAUUUAUUGUUUUAAAUUGAUAUUUUUCAUAUGUUAUAACAGAUCUAGCUUUAUUUAUGUUAUUUAAGAUGUUUAAAUAAUGGGAUAUUUUUGGAGUGUUAUAACUGCAUUUUGACCAGUCAACCAGUCAGCACUUUAUUACAAGCUCUGAUAGUUUGAAGAGCUGGUGAGGGGAGUGGAGGAAUGUUUAAAAGCUCAGCAAGAAAUGAAGGAAUCAACAGAACUGAUGCUGUGUGGAGUUCGUUUGGUUGUGGGCUUUUUUUUAUUUUUAGGCGGGAUUUCUUUCAAAAGAUAGGACCAGAGUUGACUGAGUUGCAAAUUCUCUUCCCUUAUAGAAAUAAAAGAAAUUGCUGCUAUUUAUUUUUAAAAAGUUUCAUGUUACAGAGACUGCUAGAAUGUCGAGUUUGUGGAUCUGUAAAUACCUUAAAUAUGACAACAACCUUAAGAAGAAUCCGAUUUGGGAAGGAAAGCUUCUUAGAUGACAAUUCUUAGUAUAUAGUGUUUUGUAUUUAUGUAAGAUAAACAGCUUUCUCAGACUUUUCUUAUUUCAAGUCUUGGAUAUCUUUUCUGAACAAACACACUGGGUUAUAAUGGCAGGAAGGUCCUUGUUACCCACCUGGGCCCUGCUGUCUGUCUGCUCCUCUGUCACAGUCAGAAUUUAAACCUGAGGUCCCUGGUGCUUUACUCUGGGAGCUGGGAGGACUUUACAGUUCAGUGAUUGCCAUGUCAAUACUCCAAUCAAUAAGGAGUAGUGGCCUCAUCACCAUUUUGGAUUAAAACAUUUCUAAAUAGGGGUGGAACUGCAGCCUUCAUCUCCAAAUCCUCCUGUGAACUCCAAAAAAGUUGCCAAUGUUUAAUUAAAAAGAUCCUGCUACUUUUCCACUGUCUUUCCCUGCUGCUUUCCCUCUGUAAUGCCAAAAGCAAUCAGUGAGCAUUAGCAACAGGAACACUGGGUGUUAAUAUUCAGCAGCAUUCAAAGAAAUCCAUUUCUUUUCUGAAUGGGACAAAAUACCCUUUGGAGCAACUUUUUCUUAACAUAUAUCAAAAAAAAAAGUGUUGUCAGGAAAGGAGAACUGAGAGAAAAAAAAAUUAAGUCUAACAAACUAUAUACAUCCUGCAUCAGGUCUGUGUAUUUAUGUAUUGUGAAUGUUUUCAUAAUUUUAUUGCCUGUAUGCUGCUUUCAUACAUAUAAUAAAAUUAUUUUGUGAACAGAAGGUCAAAUAAAGCAAUCUACAUUGCAUUUAUUAAAUACAUGCUGUUUUUUGGCAGUUGUAUUGAUUGUGUUAAAGGGAAGGAUGGUUCCUUUAUUUUCCCAUUUGCCCUUUUUUGGGAUCACACCCAUGAGGCAGGUGGGAAUUUCUGUUAGACGCAGAGGAAAUCCUCCUUACUAGAGACCACUGAGCCCUUGCUCUAAACAAGGAUUUGAAAGCAGUAAAAGCAGUUUGGGAACAGCCACUCUCUGCUUUAAAUGUGUAAAGCUCGACCUUCUGAUGACUUUUAUUUAAAAGAUUACUUUUUGCCUUGGUGUAACAGCAUAGUGAUAUUAGUUUGCAAUAUGUUUUUAUUGUUGUUCUUUCUUUUUUUUGUCUUUUUUUUCCUUCCAAGCUAUGGAGUACUUCUCAAAGCCUCACUGCUGGUAUCUGUUUUUUGGAGCAAAAUGAACCAUUUCAGCAGUGAGGUGAUGAUGGGUGCAGCUGCUCCUGGCAGCCCUUUGCUUUUGCCUCUGUCAGCAGAGUCAUUUUGAAAUGAAGAAACAAAUCUACAUGGUCACUUCUGCCUCGAGCAACACCAGCAUGACCAGUCCUGGACUGGAGCUGGUGCAGGAGCUCUGGGAAUGUCCAGGAUUCCCUCCCUGGCUGCCCCUGGGGUCACUGAAGAAGCAGGUCUGAAACAAACAGGGAUCCUGGCUGCCUCCAACCUGUCUGAGCUCCCUUGAGAAAAUUUCCUAAUGCCUGAUUUUUUAGGGGUUACUUCAUUUCUUAAAAAGUACACAGGCCAAAGAAGAAGUUCUGUGGUUUCUUACUUAUUCUCAAAACUCUCAGCAGCCUGAUACAAAAGCAAAAUACAAAAUAGGGUUUAAGGAGAGCUUGUAAAGCAAGGUGCUGUUUUUGCACGAGUUCAUAGGGGAUGAUUUGUAUUCUAUAACAAAUAUUUGCUGUGUUUGACCAGGAGCUGUCGCAGAACCUCCCUCCUUGGAGAAGGAUCUGAUUUUCAGGGGGUUCUGUGAAGUUUGGUGAAGUGCUGCUGCUGAUGCUGGGAGUGUCCCCUAGGUGUGAGAGGCUGGGGAAACACUUGCAUGACUUUAUUUUAUUGUUUUAUCUCUCAUUUGAUUGAACUAAUUUUUGCUUCUGGCUCCUUUUCCUUCCAUACAUUUUAAAAUAACAUGAAUUGGCCUUGAUCCUCAUUUACCAACACACCCCAUUUACCCUUUGUUUUCCAGCCUUCCCAGCAAGUGCCUCUACCUGUCCUCCCUGCCUUUCCUCCCGUUACUACCAGAGUCUUUCUGUUGCCUUUUUUUGCUUUAUUUGCCCCGAUUACCCUUUGCUUGGAAGAAAGUCCAAAUUAAAAUCCUUUCCCCCAGCACAGCCAAGAGUCCCCUUCCCACCUCCUG